AUGCACCUUAAAUUAUUGAAAGAGAUCAAGAUGCUGCCGCUGGAAAUACGAAGCUAUAAACGCUUUGUUUGUAUUCAGCAGGACGACGUGAUUAAAUGCAAGGGGAGUCACCAAGAGCACUCGGUCGAUAGUCCACUUCCAACAUCGUUUAGUAGUAACAGUGACGACAGUAGCACUGUCAGUAGUUCCAGCUUCGCAUCAAGUGAGCAAUCGAAUGUAAGUAAUGACGAGAUGUCAUCGUCACCUGGUAGUAACAGUAAUGGAGGAAACGGAGGUGAUGAAAGGAAAAAGAAUGAUGACGAAAAUUACGACAACGGUGGCAUCAGUGACUCAAGCAAUGAAAACUCUGCUGAUGAAAGCGAGCAGGAAGAAGAUGACGGAGCCCUUCUACAUACAGAUGAUGAUAAAGGCAUUGCGCGUAAUGGUGUCGACUUUACUGAUGAGGAUCUGAGCAGUGAUAGCGACGAAAACUCGGAUUUGGAAAAUUCGUACCCUCGAUUGCCGUUAGCGCCUGUAGAUACGCUGAUUGCUGUUCGACAGCGAGCUGCAUACAAAGAGCUGCAGUUAAAUGUGAAACUUAAAGAGAAAGUUAUUGAAGAUGCAAAACAACGACAGCAGGAGCGACAACAGGCGCAGCGGUCAAAAAUGAGGAAUAGGACGUCACGAUCAAAGCGAAAACACAAGACUGCUGGCGAAAUGAUAUUUGAAAAAUGUAAUGGCUCUGCUAAGGUAGAGGAAGGGGUUGAGGAUGAUUGGAUGGUGGAUUGCUCUUGUGGAAUCAGGGAAAAAAAUUAUGACGAUGGAACGUCAAUGAUUCAGUGCGAUAGCUGCUCCCACUGGGUGCAUGCAAAAUGUGCAAACAAGCAGCCUGAAAUUGUGGCUCAAGAACAUUUCUUAUGCUUUCGGUGCGGUUGGAUGUUUGACUGCGUUUGUCAUGUGCGUCGUCAGCCCAAUCACGAUGAUGGUCAUCGUAUGGUCGAAUGCGAAAGCUGCAACACGUGGCAACAUACCACAUGCGUUGGUAUUCCGAUGACAGAGGAGCCUGCGGAUGAUUAUCGAUGCCCAAGAUGCAUAAAGAAAGGUCGCCGACUUGGUGCUGUAUCAAGAACCCGAAAUUAUAAUUCUCGACAACGACAGCGGGGUCAUCUUCGGGGUCGUAGGAAUGUCACUUCAAUGGAUGCUGACUCAGCAGCUCGCUUUAUUAAAAUUUCAACCCCGCCUCGUGCUCACAAUAGCUGGCGCACCGAUUCGAAAAAUAUGGUGGUGGAGGAGAAGAAAUAUUUAGAUAUAUGCUCGCCAUCUCCUUCUUUAUUUCCAGCAGGAUCUCCUCCGACGACUUCUCUUCCAUCGUCCUUAACACCACCACCUCCGCCAUCCGGUAGAUUAAGUCGGAAGGUCGCUGAGUCUUUGGUUGAAGAUAGAAAGCCCGUUUAUCACGAACAAAGUAAAGUCAAACAAGAGCGUCAUUCUAGCCAACCACAGCGCAAGCUGGGUCGAUCGCUACCAAACAGAAGUUUGAAAAGGCCCCGAUUGCACACGGUGACGUAUGAUCAGGGCCAUGUCGAGCAACCCCAAAAUACUGUAAUUUUAUCGCCUAGAGGCAAAGGGCCAAUGCUUCAAGGGUAUUUAUCUGUUUUGACUGAGGAAGAUACACUAUCGUCUCAGUCAUUGGACGUGCGACCUUCAAUUACAAUAACUAAGUCAACCAGUGCAAGUGGUGAUAAAUUAAAUGGUCGUAAGCGUAAGAGUAAUUCUGCACGGAAUCGUUUAGCGAAGAAGCUUAGAGGAAAGAAAUAG